AUGGCUUCCAGAUUAGAGGAGGAUCUCUGCUGUCCUGUCUGCCAUGACGUCUUUAAAGAUCCUGUGCUCCUGUCAUGUAGCCACAGCUUCUGUAAAGCCUGUCUGCAGACCUGGUGGACAGAGAAACCAACAAAAGACUGUCCAGUUUGUCAGAGAAGAUCUUCAAGGAAACAUCCACCUCGUAACUUGGUGCUGAAGAACCUGUGUGAGGCCUUCUUACUGGAGAGAGAUCAGAGAGCUUCAGCAGGGUCGGAGCUCCUCUGCAGUCUGCACUCUGAGAAACUCAGGCUCUUCUGUCUGGACCAUCAGCAGCCAGUGUGUCUCGUCUGUCGAGAUUCAAACAAACACACCGACCACAACUUCAGACCCAUCGACGAAGCUGCUCAGGAUCACAGAGAAGAACUUCAGAAAUCACUGAAGCCCUUACAGGAGAAACUGAAGCUCUUUCAUAAAGUCAAAGGAAACUGUGAUCCAACAGCAGAGCACAUUAAGGUCCAGGCCCAACGCACAGAGAGGCAGAUUAAGGAGGAGUUUAAGAAGCUUCACCAGUUUCUCCAAGAGGAAGAGGAGGCCAGGAUCGCUGCUCUGAGGGAGGAAGAGGAGCAGAAGAGUUGGACGAUGAAGGAGAAGACGGAGGCUCUGAGCAGAGAGAUAGCAGCCCUUUCAGACACAAUCAGAGCCAUAGAGAAGGAGCUGAGAGCUGAAGACGUCUCAUUCCUGCACAACUACAAGGCUACAGUGGAGAGAGUCCAGCGCCCCCUGCUGGAGGAUGCACAGCUGCUCUCAGGAGCUCUGAUAGACGAGGCCAAACACCUGGGCAACCUGAGCUUCACCGUCUGGGACAAGAUGAAGGAGGUGGUCUCCUACACUCCUGUGGUUCUGGACCCCAACACUGCUAGUCCAGUCCUCCUCCUGUCUGAAGAUCUGACCAGUGUGAGAGAAGGAGAGAGACAGAAACUUCCUGACAAUCCAGAGAGAUUUGACUUCCACUGCGCUGUCCUGGGAUCUGAGGGCUUCAACUCAGGGAUUCACAGCUGGGAUGUUGAGGUUGGAGACAGUACAGACUGGAGUCUGGGUGUGAUAGAAGAGUCUGUCCAGAGGAAGGGAAUCAGACGAUCUGGAUCAUGGAGAAUAGCAUUCUAUGAAGACACUCCACUCCGAGUUCAGAAGAAGCUCCAGAGGAUCAGAGUUCAUCUGGACUGGAACAGAGGACAGCUGACAUUCUCUGAUCCUGAUACUAACACACACAUACACACCUUCACACACACUUUCACUGACAGGCUGUUUCCAUACAUUAACACUGGAGAAACACUGAAGAUUUUACCAGUGAAGGUCUAUGUGACUGUAGAACAGCACCGUUAGAAAUAGAUGACAUCUAUAACAACAACAGUAAACAACAACAAACAGUAAAAAAUAUUCAUUCAACAUUCAAAUGAAUUCACUCAUUUUGUUUUAGCUCAAAGCUCUAAUUUGUUCAAGUGAAUUCUCUCAGUAUUUAGCCCAGAGGUUUUCAAACUUGUUCAUGUUCUGGACCCCCAAGUGGACUUUGAAUAAACCAAAGAGCUCCAGUUGAGCUGAUGUUGCCCUGUAGG